UUAAAAUAUCAAAAGUUUACACCAUAAAGUUGCAAUGAUAAAGGGAUUAGAAAAUUUGAGUUGUGGCAAAAACUCUUUUAACUCGGAUUUAACUAGUGAUUAUUGACAUAUCCCCGAUUUUAUCUGAAAAAUUUUGAAACAAGGUACUUUCAGAAAUCAACUAUCAGAUUUCUGAUGAAAUAAAGGCGUAAUAUUUUUGAAAAUUGUUCUCAGAUCACGUGGAUUUAACGAAUCAGUAUGUCCCAGCGAACCCUACCUCUCCUGUUUGUAAACCUGGGGGGAGAAAUGCUCUACGUUCUACAACAGAGACUACAUGCACAGGGUGUUGAUUCAGAGAAAUCUGGAAAAGUGAUGAACGAUAUUAUUUCUACAAUGUUUAACAACAAGUUUAUUGAAGAUAUUUUCACUAAACAUCAACCUAUAUACUCCAGGAAAGUAAUGAAAACAAUGUUUUCAAAGUUGGCGCAUGCCUCCAUCAUGAAACUAAACCCUGCUAGUAUGGAUAAGCUGUAUGACCUGAUGACCAUGGCGGUCAAACACCAGGUUUUGAUGUGCCGGAACCCUUGCCAUCUAAUAUCCGUAUCCUUGAAUCAUCUUGAUUCAAUUCUAAACCAUGUUACUUUAAUACAGGUGAAGACCAGUGUUCAGACUGCAUUCCGUUAUAUUGUACAGAACUACGUAGGGAUGUCCAUGUUUGAACUUCAAUCUAUUCGGUACAGUCUACUGAGUUUCUUUCAAGAUGUUCAUGUCCGGGUAUCCAUCUAUCUAGCAGAGGGAUUACAGCAUAAAAGUGGAAGGUUUGUUAUAUAUCCUGCUACAACUCUCAGCCCAGGAAUGGAACCUCCCGGAGAUAUCAGGUUUAUGGAUGGAUCCGGAGAAAUCAGAGAUAGGGAGCAGUUCUAUCCCGGAGAAAGAUAUAGUAUGGAGGAGGGUGUGCUAGGACUAAAUAUCGGAGAUAUACGUACUACUCCGCUAGGAACCAACAUGUACUCCGGUAAAAAUACUCCGAUGGACCAGCUCUCCGACCCGGAGAGUCCCAAGAAACCCUCCAACCUAGUGAGAAAGGAUGAGGAUAGUUCUCUAGCUAAGGAGGAGCUGAACCUACUCGCUAGACUAAUCGGAACCGAAACCUCGUCAAGUGUCAAGGAGUUUAAACUAAACCUAUUCGAAGGAGAGAGGAUGGAUGAGGAUGAUUCCUCCAGUUCUCCACCUAUCCUGGAUGAGAGUAAACACGUGAGUAUUGAUCUGAAAUCAGGACGGACUAGAGGAGAUCUUGAGAAGAUAAUAGAUGAGAUGACAGUUGAUGUGAAGGAUGAAGAGGAUGAAGAUCUUCUUGCUCUCAUGGAUAAAGCAAUCUAAUCUCUAUAGUCUUUAAGUGAUUGCGAACGUAAUUUAAUAACCUUGAAUUAAAAGAUGUUUUUAUUGUAGCUACUAGCAUAUGUGACCAGCGUUGCCCGUGAAAUAAAAAAAUCGAAUUUUAAAGAAGAAAAAAAUGAUUUUUGAAAUAAGAUGUCGAAUUUUUAUAGCCUUUGCUUACCCAUGGGUUUCCUCAGAUCAGCCAAUUUGGUUCAGCCGUUUAGCAAGCUUUAGCUAACAUAUAUAUUUAUAUUUUAAUAUAUAUAUAUAUAUAUAUAUAUGAGCGAAGAGCUUUAUUAUAUAAAUUUACUUGCAUAAAGUAAAGUGAAGAAAUAUCACAAAUAUAGGGUGGACUUCAGAGACAUCAAUACGAAAUUUUCUAAUUUGUUUCUCUAACUUUCUUUGCCAAAUCAUUCAGCAUACAUAAGAAAGACUCUAUUCAAACCCGAAGACUAUAUUUAAUCUUAAUAUUUUCAUAUUUUAAGAGAAAAAGGUCGUCAUUAAAGAGAUUAAGGUCGUCAUUAAAGUCUGAUACUUCGUGGGUGACCCUGUAGAUUCUAAGAUAAAGCAUUACGUGGUGAAACUUUAAUCUUCAAUCAAACUUUUUAAAUGAAAGUACAUUUUACAGUUUACAACCUCCUAAGUACUGAAUGUUAUUAUAAAUUAAAAAAAUCUUUUUAAUUGUUUAUUUUUUUCUGAAAUUUUGCUUGCAUCUGUAUUAUCUAAAUUGUUCAUACGUGACUUCUUUAUAAAUAUAUGUUUUAAAUAUGUU